UAGAAGCUUUUAUUAAACAUUUCUGGAAAGUAUUCAGAAGAUCAUGUCUUCGGUGAAAUGGAGUCUUUCAGGAGGUACCCUACUUGACAGCGGCAUGUAAAAUAUUUUACUUUAUUUUUGGGACCAUUAGCGUCUUAGUAGUGUCUUAAUUACUUGCCGCAAUUGUUUAUGAAUCCUGGUAACCAAACAAACCAAACAAUCACUUUAAACCAGUGUACUCCAAUCAAGAUCAUUUGCAUUGUGUACUUAAGCUAUUUUCAAAUAUGUACCAACCAAAAGUCGAAUACAAUUUGCAUGCAUGAUGCGGGUUUACAAUAAACCAAAGUGACAUUAUGUCCAAACCAAUGGUUCAGCAGACAGAAGAAGACGUAAGUAACACUUCAACGCUUCCAAAGUGCUGGUAAUAAGCUAAGUGGAAAUUUCAGUUUGGAUUUAAUCGACCAAGAUACUUGAUUAGAAUUCAGAGUUACCUUCGGAGUUGUUUCAAUCUCCCUUUGGCGAAGCCGGUGUCGGCGUACCCAAAAUAACCUCGGAGGUAGUUGUAUCGUAACAACUGGUACAUCAUGGCGGGGAAAAGUAGAGCGAUAGAUAAAAAUAUGUCGAAGCUUGGGAAUCGUUUAAUAACCACGAUGCUAAAGAAUGAGAAGCUUGCCGAGAAAGAACUCGAGAAAAAGAUGAAAGCUAUCAAAGAUUUGGAGCGAAAGUCUAUGGUGAAAAUAUGUGAAACUUCUCUUGACAUGAGGUACGAUAUGAGGAGGAAACGAAACACGCAAGAUAUGGAGGAACAAAUUGCUAAUGAUUCAUUAAACGCUAGUUUUGGACAAGAAAGGGUGUUGCGUUCGCCCAGUAUGUCUCGGAGGGGGAGUUACGUAGCUGUUUCGCCAAAGGAAGACGAUGCAGACGAGACGGCGUCUGUUUUAAGCCUGUCGAGUAAACGGAGUUCUACGGGUGAAGCGCCGCAAAUUUUUAUCAAUAAUGAAAGGAAAGAGACUGACUGUGACUAUGAUCCAGAGAGCAGGCGAUCAUCUGUUGGAAGUCAAUCCUCGGAUGUACCUCCAAGCGAUGCAUCAGCUCCCGCGGACGAAUCGCCUGCCAUCGACGACGCAGAAGCUCAAAAGAUGCUGAAAGCGUUUUCUCAAAGCACACUUGGUUCUCAUCGGCGACGUACUGCGCCGGAAAUCACUGAUCUCUCGCCAAAGCUGCUCAUUCAGAUGGCGAAAAGUUCGGCAGAGGUUAAAAGACGUGGAUCCAUAAUGGACGUGGCGGAGGGAGAAAUGUUGGAACCAACUUCACCAGCAUCGACCAAAAGACGUGGAUCAGCAACAGCUGAAUUGAUUCGAUCAAAGGCAGAGACUGCUGAGGCGCCUGUGUCAGGUCAGUCACCCUCACAGCAGAGACGGGAUUCUGCUUCAAUAGGAAAUUCUUCUUCGCAAUCUCCACUCCUUCGUGGACGUGGAUCUCCUACAGUUACAAAGUCCAAAAAUGUAAUUUCACUUGAAUUGAACGAAGCUCAUCUGAGGGGAAAGAUUUCGGAGCAAGCUCCGCUUUCGCCACGACUGAAACAGCCUCUUUCGCUAUUACUCGGAAGGAGAGCCUCUGGUGUAGCAGCUUCUCUUCGUCCCACCUUAGGUAGGUCGUCAGAUUCCGGGUCAGAGCAGAUGCUGCCAGAACUAAACAGUGAUGGGUCUCCCGCUAGGAUGCGGCGGUCACUGAGUCCAGUUCGACCACCUUUCUCCAUAAAUCGUCCCUCCACCGCCAGGUCAUUGUCUUCAUUAUCAGCAGAUAUUGUACCGGGAGAUGUUCAGUUGGGGGCUUCAUCACCUCCUAGCGAGUACGAUAUUGCUCGGCGACGUGGCUCCAGGCCUGGAUCUGCAAGAAGUUGUUAUUCAAUGCCACCAGGAGGGCUUCUUCUUCUUCCAAUAGACAGGACAUCUUUAGCUGGACGCCGAGGUUCAGAUUCCUCCCAAAUUGAUCUGAAUACUCUGUCGCCUUCUUCACCUCUCCGAAAGGCCAUGGUAGACCCUCAAGCGACACUGAACCCUGCUCCAGUCUCACCCAGCGUCUAUCGGAGGCAUUCGGGAACAGUGGAGGCUCUGCAAGAUCGUGUUGAUGACUUCUUAAAAACAUUGGCGGCAAAAAGUACUUAAAAUAUUUUUAAUCAAUUCACGCAGUGAUUUGUAGUGAUGUUUGAGCAUA